UGUUCGACGGUUCCUGAAGCGAGUUGGCGAGGACGCCAAAAUAGGUGCGAGAGAUACUACAAGGAAAAAGGGGGAGUGAGAGAGAGAAGUCGAUUGUUGGGCAGCUCGCUUCCUCCGACUUGACUUUCCGGCUAUCGGUGGAGGUGCUCAUCGUGCUGAAUGCUAUGCUGGUUGCCUCUUCGAUCGUCUUCUUCGCUGCUUUCUAGGGUUUCUCCGGUCUACAGUGCUGGGAGUGUGAAGAUUGUCUCUAUGCUCUUCUUUUUUAGCCGGUUCUAGUUCGCUGAAUGAGCUUUCAGAUAGGUUCUUUUCCGGUCGUUCUAUCUGAAUUUCUGUUAAGAGACUUGAUGCCUGUGCUACUUCUUUGCUGCUUUUUAUCUUUUUGAUGAAAUUCUUGUUAAGAAUACCCAAUUGUAUCGGAGUUGUUCUAGCAGCCUGGAACGUUUAGUUUUCAGGCACUUGUUUACGGGUGCUAGAAGUUUCUAAUCCUCUUAGGAUACUGUUUCUUACAUUUUCAGUAGCAUUGCAGUUGGGGUUUAGUUCAGGUUUGAAAUCAAGUGAACUGAAAGACAGUAUUCUCACUUUUCAUGUCUAAGGCUAUUUAUUCUGAUGUAGUAUUCAGUGUACCAGAACAUAGCGAGUAGUAGGGAAAAAAGUGUCUUUUUUAGUGGAUUGGAUGCCUUGUCAUGGGAAUGAAUUCAGAAUAAGAAAGGCACUGGGGGAGUCAUGAAUUCUAGUAUAGAUGAGAUUACCCUCCUCCACCAAGCACAGGCCAGGGUCACAUCCCAUCAUCAUAUGGUUGUGAGAGGGAUUGGAGAAGAAAUCGACUUGGAGAUUGGGCCUGGAGAUGAUGACCCAACAUUCUCCAGCACCACCCUUGUAGGCGUACCUACGCAUGAAUCUGUCGCUCCUGAAGAUCAAGAUGACCACAAACAAAUACUUUUGGCAUCUCAAGUUCCCACCGAUGAUCAGUCUCAGUUAGUGAAGGCACCUCAGGGAAAAAGAAAAAAGAAGGUAGUGAAAAAGUGGAGGGAGGAAUGGGCUGAUACCUACAAGUGGGCCUGUGUAGAUAUGCAUGAGGGUACAGCUAGGAUAUUCUGUUCUGUUUGUAGAGAAUAUGGAAGGAAACAUCGGAGGAAUCCAUAUGGAAAUGAAGGGAGUAGGAAUAUGCAAAUGAGUGCACUGGAAGAACAUAACAACAGCUUGCUGCAUAAGGAAGCUCUUCGCCUACAGAUGGCAUCUAAGGACAAGGUUCUUCAUGUUGAUAAACCUGUUUAUGUCAAAGCAUUAAUGUCAAAGUCUGCCAGUUCAAUUCUUGAGUCAGUUUUGAGAAGGGACCCUCAUGAAGUUGAGUUUAUACAAUCUGUUCAAGAGGUGGUUCAUUCUUUAGAGCCUGUAUUGCUGAAAAACUCUCAGUAUGUCCAUAUCCUUGAACGUCUGUUGGAACCAGACCGAGUGCUAAUUUUUCGAGUGCCAUGGGUUGAUGAUAGGGGAGAGGUUCAUGUUAACCGAGGCUUUCGAGUGCAGUUUAGCCAGGUCCUAGGUCCAUGUAGGGGCGGCCUUCGCUUUCAUCCAUCAAUGAACUUGAGUAUCACAAAAUUUCUAGGUUUUGAUCAGACAUUAAAAAAUGCUUUGUCUCCCUAUAAACUUGGAGGAGCUGGGGGUGGGAGUGAUUUUGAUCCAAAGGGAAAGAGUGAGUCAGAGCAGAUCAUGCGAUUCUGUCAAAGCUUUAUGGACGAGCUAUAUAAAUAUCUGGGUCCUGACCAGGAUCUUCCUGCAGAGGACAUGGGUGUUGGUCCAAGGGAAAUGGGUUACCUCUUUGGUCAGUAUAGGCGUCUUAGUGGUCAUUUUCAGGUAUGUGUUCUCCUCCCUAUCUUCCUUACUGGAAUUUGCAGGGAUAAACUUUUUAUUUCUAUAAUGGAAUUUCAAAAUGCUUAGCCUCCUAUAGUUAUGUUUGAAUUACUUGCACAACUUUGCAUAAUGCUUCCUCUGUCAAGUUAGUUUGUAUUUAUAUUUUCCUUAAAUUCCCUUUAUUC